UUGUUGACUCUUCACCAUGGCGAGCUUCACACAUCGCUGGUUUUAAUUCUAGGCACACUGGCUUAGGAAUUUUAGCAUCCGUCAUCUUUUAUUCUUUGCUGUAGUUGACGUUUUUCUGAUUUAUCCAGAAUUCCGGAAAUCUUUACUGUGAGGCUUUUUACAACAACCUUUUGUGUCUUCAGAAAAUACACAGCUGUUUAUUUAUUUUACGCAAUAAUAUGGAUUAGGGUUUUCGUAAAUGGUUAAAUGGUCUGGAUAUAAUUUUUCCACCUGACCAUGCAAAAUAUAGCGACGAUAACAACACAGGAUUAGCGUAAUUUAAACGGAUCAUUGCCAUUUUGUAUCUCGAAUCGCUUUUUUCCCUAGGAAGCACAUUUUAUCAAGAUAUUAAAAUAAAUAAAGAUAGAACGAAAGAAACAAAAAGAAGACGGAAACAGAAGAAAGAAAAUCCCAAACAGAGUUAUGUCCUUCAGGAGGGGUGUUGUCAGGCAGAGUAAGUUUAGGCAUGUAUUUGCCCAAGCAUGGAAGGCUGAGCAUUGCCUUGAUGAUGUCAGAGUAUCACGUGUGACAUGGGAUGGUCCCCUGUGUGCUGUCAAUCCAAAGUUCAUCGCUGUCAUCAUUGAGGCUGGAGGGGGCGGAGCCUUUCUUGUGGUACCACUUGCCAAGAGUGGUAGAGUGGACCAGAACAUCCCGACUGUGUGCGGUCAUGCUGCUCCAGUGUUGGAUGUGCAGUGGUGCCCACAUGAUGACAAUGUUAUUGCCAGUGCUUCAGAAGACUGUACUGUGAAGAUUUGGCAGAUUCCUGAUGGUGGUCUUACAGCACCCAUGUCUGAAGCUGUUGUGACUCUUGAGGGUCACAGUAAAAGAGUGGGGAUCUUAGCCUGGCACCCCUCUGCUCUCAAUAUCCUGUUGACUGCAGGAUGCGAUAAUGUCCUUUGUGUGUGGGAUGUGGGCACCGGUGAACUGGUGUACCAGCUGAGUGAUGCCCAUCCAGACCUUAUAUACAGCGUAAGCUGGAACCGUGAGGGCAGUGUCCUGUGCACCACCUGUAAAGACAAAGCCUUACGUGUCAUUGACCCCCGUCGUGGAACUGUAUUAAAGGUGCGGGAAAAGGUUCAUGAGGGCACCAGGCCGAUGAGAGCUGUGUUUCUGGCUGACGGCAAAAUUCUUACGACUGGCUUCAGCCGUAUGAGUGAGAGACAGCUCGCCCUCUGGGAUACGAAAGACCUCUCUGAGCCAAUGGUUACUCAGGAGAUGGACACAAGUAACGGAGUUCUUCUUCCAUUCUAUGACCCAGACACCAACAUGGUUUAUUUGUGUGGCAAGGGGGACUGCACCAUUCGUUACUUUGAGGUGACAGAUGAGUCACCAUAUGUUCAUUUCCUGAGUCUAUACAGCAGUAAGGAGCCACAGAGAGGGGCUGGUUUCCUCAGCAAACGAGGGGUAGAUGUUAACAAGUGUGAAAUAGCAAGGUUCUAUAAACUGCAUGAGCGGAAAGUUGAACCCAUAUCCAUGACUGUGCCUCGGAAGUCUGACCUGUUUCAAGGGGAUCUGUACCCGGAUACAGCGGGAUUAGAACCUGCUCUACUGGCAGAAGAUUGGAUAGCUGGUCAGGAUGCUCCUCCGAGCCUUGUCUCUCUCAGCGGCGGUUACACAGCACCACCAUCCAAAUGUGGUACCCUCCGGGGUCGACCUAAACUGCUCUCUCAGACUGACACCAGUCCGGGCAGCGCUUCUGCAAUGGAAAACCGUGCGACGGUUGAGAUGGAGAGCGAGGGGUCAAGCUAUGGACGAGGAGGGAGGGCUGUAGAUGGUGGGCUAGAGAGAGUUAAGAAAGAGGAGGACCAGCUUGCAGAUAUUUUAACAGAGGUGCGGGCGCUGCGCACUCUUGUGCUGGCUCAGGGUCACAGGAUUGACGUGCUGGAAAGACAGCUGGGCCGCAUUGAGGAUGGAGAAGUGUGAAUGAAACUCCUUACAUAGCCUUAUUCAGAUUCAAAAGCUUUACUGAAGGAUCAUGGGAAAUGUAGUAACAUUACUGUAGCAUAGCGAUACAAAGAAGUGAUUCAAACAUUAUUGGGAACACAUUGUUGUUAAAUGCACUGACAUUUGAUAUUAUAAAUGCUGCUCCUUUUGUGCUUUUAAUAUGGCUGUAGGAGUAGGUGAGGUACUGACUUCGGUUGUUUUUGGUUGGUUCAGCAUUUGCAUAACCAUGCAAAUUAAUGAAAAGCAACUUUGCUGCUCACUUGUAACAUGCACUAAGACAGCAUUUAUGUAUGCAUCUCCUGAUUGAAAAUAGAUAAAAUCGUUGAAAAUGUAUUAAUCCAACAUGCUGAAUUAACUAGCUUUUCAGGUUUAAGUUUUAAAGUUUGAAGGUGCUUAUCAACAUACGUUGACCACCACUGUUCUUGGGUUAAGCUGCCUUAAACGGCUCCUCUCUUCCAUUUGAUGUCUUAACAAAUGUAGCAUUAAUUUUGGAUGUUGUUAGAGUUUCAUGUGUGGACCCGUGUGUAGCAUGAGUUGGAAUACUUUGUGUUAAGAAAUACUGUAAGAUCAUUGGGUUUCAUUCACUAAGCAUGCGUACGCACAAAUUUGUUCGUAAAAUGUGUGUACAGACGUUUUAACAAACAAAUCAUGGUUCAACACAAACUUUUGUACUAAAAUGUAUUUUAAAUGUAUGCAAAAACAUAGGGACAACUUAGACCACAAGUAUGCAAUAAUCAAAAACAUAUAUAAAAAUAUAACACGGAUAUAUAUUAUAGGGUUAUUUUUCCUUGUUCGUGAUUAUUGCGUACGUGUGGUCCAAGUUGUUCUUACGUUAUUGCAAACAUUUAGAAGAUAUUUUAGUGUCAAAGUUU